AUGUGUUCACUAAUAAAUGUUCGCAUACACUGCAUCAGAUCCGAAGAGCGACGUAUGAAACCAGCUUCGCAUCGGACUGAGUUGCCGCCAAGCCAUAUAUCUUUCAUUCAAGCGACUGGGCAACCAGACCUCAUCCGGACAGCCUCCUGUCUCCUACGAAGUGGAAUCGACUCGACCGCCUCUCCUUCUGCACCUACUGCCGUAUCUAGGACGCCAUCUUCUAUGGUCACCACUACUUCACCCAUAAAACAUCACAACGCAUUCGCUGAAAAUAUGUUACUUGGCGCUGAUGUGACGAAUGCGAAAACAAAGGAAUGUCUGAACAAGGUUGAGCAGGGGCAGCUGAAGAAAGAUGGUGAAAAUACAGAAACUGGAAGUGAAAGGAAAGGAGAAAAGACAAUGGCAAGGCACUUUCAUGGUCAGCCUUGA